AUGGCGGCGGAGAGCGUCGUCGUCGCCGCCGUGGUGCCUCCCGGCUGCAAGCUCCCAGCGGCUGGUUUCCUUGGGAGGCUGCACGUGCUCGUCGUCGACGACGCCGCCGUCCACCUCGAGGAGCUGAAGCUCACGCUGCUGCUCUCCGGUUACGCUGUGACGGGCAAGACGACGGCUGGGGAGGCGCUGCAGGAGCUUGAACGGAAUCCAGAGGAUUACUUUGAUAUCAUCAUGACCGACGUCCACAUGCAUGGAACGGACGGGUUCGACCUCCUCCACGGUGUCAAUGGCCGCCUGCCCGUCAUCAUGUUCUCCGAGGAAGAAGAGGUGGUGACGAUGGUUAGGGCGGUGAUGGACGGCGCAGUUGACUACAUGGUCAAGCCGAUGACGUCGGAGGCGAUUCGGAGCAUCUGGACGCACGUCCUGCGCCGGAGGCUCAGCUCCCUCGCCCCUCAGGCCUCAUCGCUCUCGAGCGAACGACUGGCGGCGGCGGCGGCGCCAUUGGCAGGGAGCAGGCGGGGUGAUAGUCAUCAAAAGGAGGCAAUGGCUUCGCCGCCGCCGCCGGCAGAGAAUGGGCGCCGGGACGUUCAUGAGGCGGUGCAGGCGGCGUUCGCGCCGCAGCCUCCGGUUUCGGCGCCAGACUGUGACGUUCAGGAGGCGGAGCAGCUGGUACAAUCUGGCGUUCGAGAUGCGGCGUUGCCGCAGCCUCUGGCACCAGCGUCGGGUGAAGUUCAAGACGCGUCGGCGGCGGCGGCCACGACGACGACGACGGCAGGGAGCAGCCGCGGCGCCGAUGGCCAAGAAGAGGCAGCGAUGGCCGCAGCGACGAAGAGGGGCGCGCCGGAAGUGUCCGACAAGGGCUCGAACAGCUUGGAGCAGACGGCCGGGAAGAAGGCCAGGGUCAGGUUCGUAUGGACGACGGAGUCGCACUCAGCGUUUGUCAGAGCGUUCUACCAGCUGAAAGAAUACGAAGGCCCAAAGAGGAUACAGGAAUUGAUGGAGCUUGAAGGUAUAUUUGUAACAAAAGCACAAGUCUCAAGCCAUCUGCAGAAAUUCAAAGGUUGGUUAGAGAACAAGAAUAAUAACCUACCGGAAGCAAGCCGCUCAAUGCACAGCCUACUGAUGAGUAACUACACUGGUCGCCAGGAUAGAAAUAUUAGCUCUUGGAAGAGAAGCUCAGUCACAACAGAAGGACCUUUUGCUGGGAUGUUUUACGGUCUGCCUGUUCAUCCCAUGGCCACAUCAAAUAGUCGUCUCACUACUACCCAAACCAACUUUGUGGGAGUGGCACCCAAAGAAAUGGACAAUUUCAUAUCUCAGGGAAUUGCAAUUGGUUAUGGAUCUGCUGUUAGACAGGCAAGCCUUUGUAGUGAGGCUAACCCAGCUGGUCAAAACGUUCAUGCAAAUGGUAGCAGCCAAGGUAGAGGAAGUGCACUGGGUAAUGAUAUUUCAGCUUCUUAUGGUGUAGCUGUUACAAAUGUGGACCUCCUCCAGGUUAUUACUGCAUCACUGCCAUCAACCAUGAGACAGCCAGUGCAACCAAGUCAAAGCUUCUCCACCAUUAAUGGAUUGGCAGCUAACCUCGGUGUUGUGAUCAGUGAUCAAAACCCUGGGACUUGUAGUGCAGCAAACUCAAGCGCUAUCAAUAAUCAAAGUCCUGCGACCCAAGAAAUGUCUCGUCCACACACAUCUGAACUUGGGCAUGGCAGCAAUGUGAUGUUGGAUUGGGCGGAACUAGCUGGUCUGGAUGAUCAGCUGGAUAAUGAUGUGCUGAUGAACAGCCUCUUUGAUGGAGAACAUCUCCAACAGGGUGUCGAUACUGCAAUGGAUGGGACCCAAGAAAUGCUUGCUUCUGAUACUACCGGUGAAUUCUGCUCAGCACCACCUCAAGGUCUUAAUAGUGAGUUCUCCGGCCACAAGGGCACCAAUGGAAUGAGCGGCACAUCAGGUUGA